AUGUCUAGGGCUUCUAAAAUUACAUUCAGACUGAGUCUGGCGCUGUCUGCUGGAACAGCAAUAGGAGUGUAUUACCUCCAGCAAUCCGAGAGGGAUGCUCUGAAACUUGGUCCGAUCAAGGAUGCGGCUAGAGUAGCCGAGAGGAGGAAGCAGGAAGAGCUCACGUCGAAGCAGAAGGCUAACGUGAAGGAGUUUGAGCUUCAACAGAAGCUGCGAGCGGAAUUUGAAUCUGUUCAGCCAUUGAGUGGGGAGAUCAUAGAAGGUCUAGACCAAGACAAAAAAUGA